AUGAGCGGCGGCGCGCCUUCGGGGGGCGGCCCUGGGGGCUCGGGCCGGGCGCGGACAAGCUCGUUCGCGGAGCCUGGUGGCGGAGGCGGCGGCGGUGGCGGUGGCCCUGGGGGCUCGGCCUCCGGCCCGGGCGGCAGCAGCGGCGGGAAAGUGUCAGUCGGAGCCAUGGGUGGGGGCGUGGGGGCCUCGAGUUCCGGGGGUGGCCCCAGCGGCAGCGGCGGAGGAGGCAGCGGCGUCCCCAGUGCGGGCACCAGCUUCCCGCCGCCCGGAGUGAAGCUGGGCCGUGACAGCGGGAAGGUGACCACAGUGGUAGCCACUAUCGGCCAAGGCCCGGAGCGCUCCCAGGAGGUGGCUUACACAGACAUCAAAGUGAUUGGCAAUGGCUCAUUUGGAGUCGUGUACCAGGCACGGCUGGCAGAGACCAGGGAACUGGUAGCCAUCAAGAAGGUUCUCCAGGACAAGAGGUUCAAGAACCGAGAGCUGCAGAUUAUGCGGAAGCUGGACCACUGCAAUAUCGUGAGGCUGAGAUACUUUUUCUAUUCCAGUGGGGAGAAGAAAGAUGAGCUUUACCUAAAUCUGGUGCUGGAGUACGUGCCUGAGACAGUGUACCGGGUGGCCCGCCAUUUCACCAAGGCCAAGUUGACCAUCCCUAUCAUCUAUGUCAAGGUAUACAUGUACCAGCUCUUCCGGAGCUUGGCCUACAUCCACUCCCAGGGCGUGUGUCACCGUGACAUCAAACCCCAAAAUCUGCUGGUGGACCCUGACACUGCUGUCCUCAAGCUCUGUGAUUUUGGCAGUGCAAAGCAGCUGGUCCGCGGGGAGCCCAAUGUCUCCUACAUCUGUUCUCGCUACUAUCGUGCUCCAGAGCUGAUCUUUGGAGCCACUGAUUACACCUCAUCUAUCGAUGUGUGGUCAGCUGGCUGCGUACUGGCCGAGCUCCUGCUGGGCCAGCCCAUCUUCCCUGGGGACAGUGGGGUAGACCAGCUGGUGGAGAUCAUCAAGGUGCUGGGAACACCAACCCGGGAACAGAUCCGAGAGAUGAACCCCAACUACACGGAGUUCAAGUUCCCCCAGAUUAAAGCUCACCCUUGGACAAAGGUGUUCAAAUCUCGAACCCCACCCGAGGCCAUAGCGCUCUGCUCUAGCCUGCUGGAGUACACACCGUCCUCGAGGCUCUCCCCGCUGGAAGCCUGUGCCCACAGCUUCUUUGAUGAACUGCGAUGUCACGGAAUCCAGCUCCCUAACAACCGCUCGCUUCCCCCCCUCUUCAAUUUCAGUCCCGGUGAACUCUCCAUCCAACCAUCUCUCAACGCCAUUCUCAUCCCUCCUCACUUGAGGUCCCCGGCGGGCACUGCCACCCUCACCCCAUCCACACAAGGUUUAAAUGAGGCUCAGACCGGCACAGAAUGGCAGUCAACCGAAGCCACAGCUCCCCUCACUAACUCCUCCUGA